GCCGUCGCUCUAAAAAAAAAGGAAAAGAAACAGACGCCGUCAUGGCUCUCAGGUGGGCGGCCGCCGCCGGCGGCGCCUACCUGACGCCGCCGAGAAGCAGAUGCUUUGGCGCCAGACCUGCGCGAACCGCCUUCACCACCACCGGAGCACGAGGGCUCCGCCUCCUCCUGACGGCUCCUUCCUCACCAUGCUCCAAAACCCCAAGGCCACUGGUACUGCGAUGCUCGCCCGAUUCUCCUCCUCCUCCUCCCCCGCAGCAGCAUGUACUGGUUCGCAAGGAGGGGAAAGACGAGGCGUGGGAGGCGCUCAAGGCCAUGGUCGCCGACAUGUUCAUGCCGCUGCUGCGCAACGUCUCAGACAUGCGAUCCCUUCGCACCGUCUAUGACCUCGAGGAUUACCAAGUGGGCAUGCUGUUUGGCGCUUUUCUUGGCUGCGUCGGCUGGUACCAGCUGUGGAAGGCUGCCCCCUCCGUCUUUGUUGAUGCUGCCCUUGCCUAUGGAUUCUAUAAACUUAGCGUCGUGUCCUCUGAGCUGCGCCGGCAGGGAAAAUGCAAUGAUUUGUUGGCCCGUUUGAAAUUUGGUAUUGUUGCUAUUAUGGCUACUAGGGACUUCACGAAGAGCUACGAACUCAUGGAUUUUGUCAAGCUGCCGGUUUUCUUUCUCUAUCUUUCAACAUUCAUUUUUGAUGUGGGGCGCAUGAAGAAAGAUGCAAAACAUUAUGUGAUCUGGACAGUCAAUCUGUUGAGAACAAAGGGCGGAUUUCAAGAACUCUUCAGGAUAAUGUUUUAUCGAGACUAUAUAUCAGGAUAUGAGGAUUGCUUCCGCAGGAAAUAAAUAGUAGAUGACAUAGAGUGUGUGGAUCCUUUUGUAGUAUACUUUUGUGGAAGGGCUUCACUAAUCUGUAGUAACAAGUUAUCUAAGAGCAUCUCCAGUCGCGUCCCCCAAACCGCGUCCCCCAAACGCUCCCCCAAACCGUCCCCCAAACCGCGCCGUAUUGAGCGUUUGGGGGACGCGGUUUGGGGGACGGUUUGGGGGACGCGACUGGAGAUGCUCUUAGAUGGUAGCUCGUUUGGGGGUACUAUUUUUUUUCCUUUUAUUGAAAACAGGGAGUACUCUGAUGUUUCUGUCUUCCAAUAGCUCGUUUGUCUUACCUUUUUUUUUUGGUCAGCUUUAAAAGUAUACUUAACUUUCCAUAAAUGUCUUCAAGCGAACAUAUUAUAUCA